AUGGCCAAACUGGUCCAGACACGAACCAAGUUCCUGCCCCAAGAAUGGCACUUGUCAAACAAAAGCCGCUAUAACAAUGCAGAGGUUCAGCGCUCACGAUCGGAGCGCCUGGUCUUGGAGAGCGAGAGGCUGGUGGACCAGAUCGAGAACUCCACGAGGAAAACUCAGCGAGAUGUCAACAAAAAGCUCGAUCAGAGGAUUGAGGAGAUCACUUACUGGGAGAAAGAGCUCAACACCAAACUCGAAGAGCUCUCAGAUGAGACAGAACUCCUACAGGGACAAAAGACACGUCUAGAAAAGGCUCUGGACAGUUACUAUGCUCUUCUCUGCAUUGCUCAGCAGUGUCUUCUCAAUCGAGCGAAGCGAGUUGGGAUCGAUCUGGUGCAUGAUGAGGUGGAGAGGGAACUGCUGAAGGAAGUUGAGGUUAUCCAGGGUAUCAUGGCUUUGCUGAAACGCACCAUUGAUCAAACAGAGGAGCAGCUCAGGUUAAAUCGUUCCGCUAAGUUUUACUUGGAGAAGGAUCUGAAAGACAAGUCCAUUGCUCUGAAAGUGGACAAAUUCACUGCCAAUCUGACCAACAACUCUCCAAACAUUGACUACUCGCCUAAUGUGGUCAGGAUCGAGGGCAACUCGGUCACCUCUCAGGAGUGGCAAGAUUUCACCAACACAAAUAUCGUGAAUGCUGACAAACAGAAAAAUAACUCAACUACAAUGCGCUCCCUGAUUGAUGGCAUCUUAUCACAAACAACAGACGAUAUGCAGAAACAAGUGGAGGCCGUGAAUCGUGCCUUUAAAUUCCGCAUUCAAGAAACAAGAGAUGCAAAAUGCAAACUGGAAAAGCAUCUCAAUAAGGUGCUGGAUGAGAUUUCAUCUCAGGAAAAGAACAUUGACCUGCUGAAAAAGGCUAUCAUGGAUGAGGAAGGACCCAUGAUGGUGGCUCAGACACGCCUGGACACACGGACUAAACGGCCGAAUGUGGAGCUAGUCCGAGACUCAGCACAGUAUCGGCUGAUCAGUGAGGUGAAAGAGAUCACGGAUAAUGUGAACAGGCUACGAGAGACUCUGGCACAGGCUGAGGCCGAACUGAGGGGCCUGAGACGGAAUCAGUUGGCUUUAGAGGAGGAGAUUGAAGUCAAGACUAACAGCUUGUACAUCGAUGAUGUUCAGUGUAUGAAUCUGAGGAACUCCAUUUCCAUCAAUCACUUCUAG